GACCUGCAGGCUGAGCUUCACCUUUCGGUAGAUAGGGGCAUAGCUAGUUGGUGUGCGCGCGAGUGGGAGAUGGACCGAGAGCGUUCUUCCGAUUAGCAACUGAAAUACUCAGAACUAUUAAAAUAAUAUAACAGGUUGCUGAAAGAAAACAUAACUUAGUCCAUCUUUCACAUCCAAUCCACACACACUAACACGGCAUUGAUGGUAAUGUAUGCAAGGAAACAACCGAGACUCAGCGAUGGGUGCAACGACCGAAGGGAUUCACAGCCCUACCAGACCCUCAAGUACUCAUCGAAGAGUCACCCCGGUGGUGAUCACCGCCAUGACAAGAUGCGAGACACCGCAGAUGUCACUCCACCAUGUAAAAUGCUUCGGCGAUCUGACAGUCCUGACAACAAACACAUUGACAGCACGGGGCAUGGCAGGGCAAAGGCAGUCCACGCGCAGCGGGCCAGAGAGAGGGAUGGAGGGACCAGUUAUUCUCCACAGGAAAAUUCACACAACCACAGCACCCAUCAUAGCAGCUCCAAUUCACAUUCGAACCCCAGCAAGACAUCAGACGCACCAUAUGAAGAUAAAGAUGACUGGUCAGAGCACAUCAGUUCCUCUGGGAAGAAGUACUACUACAACUGCAGGACCGAGGUCUCACAGUGGGAGAAACCCAAAGAGUGGCUGGAGAGAGAGCAGAGGCAGAAGGAGUCCUCCACUAAGUUGACGCCGGUCAACAGUUUCCCCAAAGACAGGGACUACAGACGGGAGGCCAUGCAGCAGGCUACAUCAGCCACUGGCUUUACUGCUGCUAAAUCAGCCCAGACGGAGAAGCAGCCAGCAUUGGCGUCCUCCUCAGGCUCGGGCCUGAACCCCACAUCGGUUACCCCCGGUUCCUCUUCGGCCUCUACCACGGUGCCCGUAUCCCCAGUCCUGCAGUCCCCCGUCCAUACCCCCCUGCUCCAGGACCCCUCACUGCUCAGACAGCUCCUCCCAGCACUUCAGACCGCCCUACAGCUUAACAAUGCCAGCGUCGACAUGGCCAAGAUCAACGAGGUCCUCAAAGCUGCUGUCACUCAAGCGUCGUUACAGUCGUUGCUUCAUAAGAUCCUCACAGCCGGCCCGUCAGCCUUCAACAUCACUACACUGCUCUCCCAAGCAGCCCAGCUCUCCAACCAAGCCCAGCAGUCAAACCAGUCCCCCAUGUCGUUGACGUCAGACGCCUCCUCUCCCCGCUCCUACGUGUCUCCCAGGAUCAGCACGCCGCAGAACAACGCUGGUCACCACAAAGCCCUGCUCAGCACACCCCCUGUAGCCUCACAGAACAAGGUGAGCAACACGCCGGCUGUGAAGCAGCAAGGAUCAGCCCCUCAGCCCUCCCCCCAGCAGCCCCUCCCCAGCGACAAACAGCACGGACACGACAUUGCAGCCUCCCCAAGGACUCUCCAGCGUCAAGGCAGUCAGAGGAGUCCAUCCCCAGGUCCCAACUACGUCCCCCCCAGCAGCAGCAGUGCCACCACCUCCACCCCCUCCAGCACCUCUUCCUCCACCCGACCAGCUUCCUGCUCCUUCACCCCCACCCUAGCAGCACACUUCAAUGAGAAUCUCAUCAAGCAUGUCCAGGGCUGGCCUGCCGACCACGCAGAGAAACAGGCUUCCAGACUACGCGAGGAGGCCCACACCAUGGGAAGCAUCUACAUGUCUGAAAAUUGCACGGAGCUCAAAAAUCUCAGAUCCUUAGUUCGAGUCAGUGAAAUUCAAGCGACAUUGCGUGAGCAGAGGAUAUUAUUUUUGAGACAACAAAUUAAAGAACUUGAAAAGUUGAAGAAUCAGAAUUCCUUCAUGGUCUGAGAACUUGAGUUGAAGAAUGGAGAGUAUAGGGUGGAGAGACCCAUUGCACAUGGUUGUAAGAGAGCCGUUGGUUGGGAGAACUGUUCUUGUUCUGUGCCCAGUCUUAACACAAGCUGCAGUUGGGUUGGCUUUGGACCGUUGGGCAUGGAGAGUGCUGGGCUUGUGGGAGAGGGUCUGAGUGGUUUGUUUGUUGGUUGGGAAAGAGGGGAGAAAAAGGGUUGAUACAAGACAUGGCCUGUGUCCCAAAUGGCACCCUAUUGCCUUUAUAGUACAUUAUGUAGUGGAUUGGGUGCCAUUUGGGAUGCCCCUAUGGUUGGUUUUGUAUGUGCCCUGAAGAUGUAGAUUUCUUGUAGAUGUUAUCCAUGUUGUAAAUAUGUUUUGUAGAUUAUUGAAACCAUGGAAAGCCAUGCUUAUCAAAGCUUUUGACAUCCAAACUAAUCAACGUUAUGCCGAGGAAGUAACGGCUUAAUUUCAUAGCCUCCUUCAUAUUAAACUUGUCUGUCAGUGGUAUAUCCCAAAUGCCACACUAUUUCCUCUAUAGUGCACUACCUUUAACCAGAACCCUAUAGGCCCUAGUCAAAAGUAGUGCACUAUAUUGGGAAUAGGAUCCUAUUUGGGACGGCACUGUCAGUCUGCAGACUUGAAGCUUUUGUUUUAAAAGAUGGGUGAACCAUUGCCUUGAGAACAUCUAUGACCUGCAUGGAAACGGUGGAGUACAGUGUUAUACAGUCAAUAAUAACUGAAACAUUAACUUAGUAUAAAACAAGCAAGCAAGGUAAAACAAACUCAAUGGUUUUUCUCUGCUCUUGAAUAAUAAUAAUGCUCAAUGGAUUAAGUUAUUUUCCCUAUCAUCCCCCUUUGGUUGAAGUAUAAUGGUUACACACACACAGGAUGUGUCCCAAAUGGCACACUAUUUCCUAUGUGUAUUGAACUACUUUUGGUUAAAAUUUGCACUAUAUAUGGAGUAGGGUGAUAUUUGGGAGACGGCCGCACACAGCUACCCAUCCCCACCUUCUUCCUGCUGAAAGGUACAUAAUGUCUGGUCGCAAUGGUUCAGAUCUGUUUGUUCACAGCUCCCUGUGGCCCUGUCCUGCAUUUCCUAAAAUGAAAAACAAACAAACCAGUGCCUGGUCGUGUGAUGAGUGAGUGAAGGGGGGAAAAAAAGAAGGUGCCACAAUUGUGCUGCUUUGAGAUCAAGGACCAUUCCCACUGCUAGCCCCUCCAUAACUCCCACCCUGGUCAUACCCAUUACAUGCAGGAGCCCAACCCCGUGGUCUAUCUCCUCCUAUAAUGUAGAGGAGCCGGGAAGAGUAAAAACCCUCCUGUUUUUUUUUCCCUCAAACUUUCCAGCAAGUUUUUUUUCUUGGGGGGGGGUUACUUAUAUUAAAAGCGAGGUGGCACAGUCUUGGUUCAACCGAGAGUUCAUUCCUAUGUACAGUUGAUAAAGUAAUAAUGGAGUUUAAGAAGUAAAGAAAAAGGCUUUAUUAAAAAGUUGCAGUGCUACUAGUAUAUCAGAAUAUGUUAUUAAUAAAUUAUUGCUACACUUUUCUUUGCACAAUGAGUGCUACUUGGAGCUAUUAAAGCAGCUGUUUGGGGGGCACUGGCAAGGUAUAGGGUACGUCUGAAAUGGCACCGUAUUCCUGAUUUGGUACAUUACCUUUGACCAGGGUCCAUAGUCAAAAAGACUAAAAAGGAGAAGAUGUCAUAAUUCUCAAGAUUUUUCAGGAAGUGCAAUGGAAGCCAAAUGGCACUCAGUGAAUUGACCUGAAUGACACAAUUAGAACUACUGGCUCCCGUUUGUACUUCUUGCUCUCUGUUAUGAGUCUCUCUUCUCCUUUUGAGUCUUCUUACCUAAAGGGCCUGGUUAAAAGUGGUGCACUAUAUAGGGAACAUGGUACCAUUUGGGAUAUGGACAUGGAGGUGCUGAUCACUAACCUCACACACCAGGGUCAGAGGUUGAGCAGAGCAAUGACAGCCAAUGUGAUAUGUGCGUAUUGUAAUAAACAUGCUAAACUCAUGUGAGCACUGGUUAUUAUUUUAUUGGGGUUCUGUUAGUGUUUUGUUUAUUACUAUUAAUGCUAGUGCCUUGUUGAAAGUCUUAAGUCACACAACCUCUGACAUGGAAAUAAAUAUACCAUGUUUUUUUCUAUUUGAUCCAGUAACAAAAAGAUAUUCAACAAGUGUUUGUCAUGCAUCGAUCUAUAGGGUUGUUUUUGGCACUCCCGUCCAUACUUGCAUCUUUGUAUCCCCCCUGUUCACUCCGAGUCAGUACAGAAACAGUGGCUUUGUCCCAAAUGGUGCCCUAUGUAUAACAAUAGUGCUCUAUGUAGGAAAUGGGGGUGCGAUUUGGGAAGUAAACGGUGUCCUGAGCUGUGACUGCCUGAUUUUUCUCCACUGUUCUAAUCUUCUAUUCAGUCUGAUUUGAGAUGCACCAACACAUUCAGUAAAGCUGACCACAUCAUUGCUUUGUAUAUUGUUUUCCUCUGAAGUAUAUUGAAAAAAUAAAUAAAAUAUGCCUCUACAGAA